CAAUUAUACACCUAAUAAUAACUACAAUUUAUAAAAUACAAUUUUCAUUAUAUAAUUUAAUUUAUCACAUAAUUUUUUUUUUUUAAAUUUAAAGCAUUUCUAUUUUUUAUUUCCUAAGUUUUUUUUAAAGCAUUUUAUUUAUUUAUUAAUUAUUGUACAAAAUUUGUAAAUAUGACAUUAUUUCAAUCAAUUUCAGAAAUCUCACCAAAAACCAAAGUUAUCCUUAACUCUACCUCGAAUAAUUUUAUAAAUACCGGGUUAAUAAUGGAUAAUAACCAAGUCUACUUUUUCAACUACACUAUCCCAGGUCAAAAAAAGAAUGUAAUCAUUAAAUACUACUUCAAACCAUAAAUAAAAAAUCAAAAAAAAAAAAGAAAAAAAAUUAUAAAUUAUAAGUUAUAAGUUAUAAAUUAUAUAUUCU